AUGGCCAGAUAUCCUAGUAAAAAACGUUUGGCCCGUCAUAUGAAUUAUCAUAAUCCGGCCAAAGAAGUCAUCUGUGAUAUUUGUGGCAAAAUAUUGCGUACGCUCGGCACCUUACACAAACAUAAACAAGUUGUACACGAAAAGAAAGUGAAAAAAGAUCCCGAACAGUGUACAUAUUGUGGCAAAUGGUAUGCGACACAUUCGACUCUACAAUUUCAUGUCCUCAAUAUGCACAUACAUACGGAUAAGGAACAUCGUUGUGAGAUAUGCGGUUUUGUAUCAACGACACGUGAGGCCAAAAAGAAACAUAUUCGUUUCAAGCAUACGGCGGAAAAACGUCACAAAUGCGGUCUGUGUGAUAAGGCAUUUAAGGUUCCCACCCUGUUGAGGGAACAUAUGGCCACCCAUACUGGUGUGGAUUUAUAUAAAUGUAAUUAUUGUACGGCUACGUUUAAAUCGAAAUCGAAUCGUUCAAAUCAUUGUAAACGUAAUCAUCCUUUGGAAUAUCCGAGUAAGAAACGCUUGACCCGACAUUUGGAAUAUCACAAUCCCGCCAAAGAGGUUAUCUGUGAUAUUUGUGGCAAAGUAUUGCGUACGCGCAACACACUACAAAAACAUAAAGCCGUUGUACACACAAAGAAAGUGAAAAAAGAACCCGAACAAUGCAGCUAUUGUGGCAAAUGGUAUUCGACACGAUCGACUCUACAAUUUCAUGUUCUCAAUAUGCAUAUACAUACGGAUAGAGAACAUCGUUGUGAAAUAUGUGGUUUUGUAUCGACGACACGUGAGGCUAAAAAGAAACAUAUUCGUUUCAAGCAUAGAGCGCAAAAGCGACACAAAUGCGGUCUGUGUGAUAAGGCUUUUAAGGUGCCCACUUUGUUGAAGGAACACACAGCAACUCAUACCGGUGUGGAUCUAUAUAAUUGUGCCUAUUGUGAUGCUUCAUUCAAAUCGAAAUCUAAUCGUUCCACCCACUACAAACGUCAUCAUCCCGCAGAAUAUAUGGCCAAUAUGAGAAGACGUCCCUGUCCCAGUAGCAUUAAUAAUUAUAUACAAAAUCCAGCGGUUAAUACCGAAAUGCAAUAG